AACGGGCUCUACUGCCGAGAUAUAUUUAGUCUUACCCUGGCCUUCAACACGACAACAUCAAAAUUUAUUGUUAAUUGUCAAAGUUUUUGGAGAUUUGUUUUUUAAAACUCACAUAAAUUCGUGAUGUGUUGCGGGCCCUGCUGUGGAACUUGCUACUACCCUUGCUGUAGCCCCUGCUUUAGUGGCCGUUGUUUUGGACCACGAUGCGGAUUCUAUAGUGGACCAUGUGGACCUUGCUGCGGGGGCGGAUGCUGCAGCAGCUGCGGACCGUCUUGUUAAUUUUGGUACUCGGUAACCAAAACUUUUUGAAGACAAUUAUUUAUUAACAUGGCCUAUUCGUCUUGAAAACAAGAUCAAGUCGUAAUAAAGGUGUUUGACUUUCCAAGUCUUUUUUAUUACAGGAACUAGAUUCCUGUCCAUUACCGCUCUUUUAGACCAUCAAUUACGCUGGUAAUUGCCCAAUGACUGCAAUAAAAUCCCCCUUUAGUUCCCUUGGUG